CCACCAACACACAUAUCAAUAUGUCCGUUACUUCUUAACCAGCUGUUGUGAUCUUUAGGUGCGUGUUUCGGCAGAGUUUAAAUACCCUGUGUGUGUGAAAGAAUUGCGUGAGCGUGCUGUGUUCGUGUAAUCCUUUUAUUUAGGCUGGUGGAGGGUAGCCGGUUAUUAUUUACUAAUAGUUAUUAUAACAAGUAGCCGCUUCUCUCUCUCGCGGUGAUUAAAACGCUGCUAAUGGGAGUUUUUAAGGCCAAUAUCUCAAAAUAUGUUUCGAACGCUAAUCAUUUCUGUGCCGUUUUCAGAUGCUGCAUAAUAUAUACGUUUUCAUUGAAAUGACUCUGCAGCCAUCGCUAUUUACUGAAUUCAGAGGUUGACGUCCUUUAACACUUCAUACUGCCCACAAUGAACACGAUCAUUAUAUUAACGGCAUCAGUAUUAUAGAACCGAGCGUUGAAAUGCCGGCGUUGCAAGUGUAAGAGGAGUUUCUCUUCAGCUCGUAUCGCUUUAUUUGUGUCAAUGGAGAGCCAGCGAUGCCAAAUGCAGCCCCCGGGAAAGGAGGAUCUCGGUACCUUGCGGAGGCGGAAAGGCGGCGGGAAGACGAACGAACGGGAGGCGAUUAGGGCCGGAAGACUGGGGGGCUCCGAGGGGGCGAACGGGCGGCCUGCGGCGGCGUCGGAGGACGCGAACGGGCAGCCUGUGGAGGGGAAGCGCUCGCUGCAGGACGUACAUAGGAGGACUGGGACAUGCAGUGUAUUGGCGCUGGUGGCCGUCCUCUCCUUAACCACCCGCUUCUACAAGAUCCUGGAACCGCCGCAUAUAUGCUGGGAUGAAACCCACUUUGGAAAAAUGGGCAGCUUUUACAUCAACAGAACCUUUUUCUUUGAUGUUCAUCCACCGCUGGGUAAGAUGCUGAUUGGUUUAGCUGGUCACCUGACUGGCUACGAUGGCAGUUUCCCGUUCAUCCGGCCUGGGGAUAAAUAUGAGCAUCACAAUUACUGGGGGAUGAGAGGGCUAUGUGCCCUCUUGGGGUCCUGUCUCCCCCCUUUCGCCUACCUCACCGUGCGGGAGCUGUCACGGUCUUCAACUGCAGCCCUCAUAGCCGCUGCCACGCUUGUCUUUGAUACCGGCUGCAUCACCAUCUCUCAGUACAUCCUACUGGACCCCAUUCUCAUGUUUUUCAUAAUGGGCUCAGUGCUGUGCACGGUCAAGUUCAACCAGCAGAGGCACAGGCCGUUUAGCACCCCCUGGUGGCUGUGGCUGGUGCUGACAGGGGUGAACUUGGCGGGGGCUCUGGGGGUGAAGUUUGUGGGGCUGUUUGUUAUCAUGCUGGUGGGACUGAAUACAGCGUGGGACCUCUGGAGGCUACUCGGAGACCUGGAUAUCCCUCUGGCGGAGUUUUGGAAGCACUUGUCUGCCCGGGUGUUUGGCCUGAUCUUGCUGCCAUUGACUUUGUACAUCAUGAUAUUCGCUGUGCACUUUGUCGUCUUAAAAAAAAGCGGUCCUGGGGAUGGCUUCUUCAGCUCGGCCUUCCAGUCGCGGUUGAUCGGAAACAACCUGCACAACGCAUCUAUGCCUGAGUACCUGGCGUACGGCUCCACGGUGACGGUGAAGAACAUCCGUAUCGCAGGGGGAUACCUCCAUUCCCACUGGCACCUGUACCCAGAAGGCGUUGGAGCACGACAGCAGCAGGUCACUGGAUACCUCCAUAAGGACUAUAACAACCUGUGGUUAGUCCAGAGACCAAACAACUCGGAGGAUCUGUCUCGAAUGCCAGACCUUGUUCGCCAUGGCGAUGUCAUCCGAUUGGAGCACAAAGAGACGACUCGUUUCCUGCACAGCCACCUCCACAAAGCACCACUGACCAAGAAGCACCUGCAGGUCACUGGCUAUGGCAUUAAUGGGACUGGAGACCCCAAUGACUUAUGGCAGGUGGAGGUGUGCGGGGGCCGGCGGGGCGACCCAGUGAAGGUACUCCGGAGCAAGGUGCGCUUUCUGCACCGAGCCACCGGCUGCGUGCUCUACUCCACUGGCAAGACACUACCCAAAUGGGGCUGGGAACAGGUGGAGGUGACGUGCAGCCCCUACCUGAAGGAGACCCCCAAUUCCCAGUGGAACAUCGAGGACCACAUAAACCACAAGUUGCCCAAUAUCAGCCUGUCGCUGCUGAAGCCAUCUUUCCUGGAGAUCCUUGUGGAGUCUCACAUCGUCAUGAUCAGGGGCAACAGCGGACUGAAACCCAAAGACCACGAAGCCAGCUCCAAACCCUGGCAUUGGCCUGUUAACUACCAGGGCUUGAGGUUCUCUGGAGUGAACGAAACGGAAUAUCGAGUGUACCUGCUGGGGAAUCCUGUCAUCUGGUGGUUGAACCUGCUCAGCAUUGGCCUAUACCUGUUGAUGGCUACUACUGCUGCUGUUUUGCUCCAGAGAGGGGUUCAACUUGGUGGGAGGAGUCAAGAGCGCUGCCGGGUGCUGCUGGAUGGAGGGGGGCUGUUGUUCCUGGGCUGGCUGCUGCACUACCUGCCUUUCUACACCAUGGGCCGCAUCCUCUACUACCACCACUACUUCCCCGCCAUGCUCUUCAGCAGCAUGCUCACAGGCAUCACCUUGGACAUCUUACUGCAGUGUGGAGAUCUACUGUUUCCCCUUGCUGUGGCCCGCGAUCUGCACAGAGCGACACAAGGCCUGCUUCUCUCAGCCUUUAUCUACAGUUUUUACCUGUUCCACCCCCUUUCCUACGGCAUGAGAGGCCCCCUAGCCCAUGACCCAGCCAGUGCAAUGGCUGGCCUCAGGUGGAUGGAAUCCUGGGAAUUUUAAAAACAACAACAAGACUGUUUAUUGUAAAAAGCAGCAGCAAAGACCUCGAACUUCCUCACAGUAGUUAUCUUAGUGUUCGUCAUACAUUACUCUUAUAGUUUAAAUAAUGAUUGUAGGUAUAGAGGUUGCACCUGUGAAGUGUGAUGUUAGAGAUGUGACUGUUCCAAGCAUGAGCUUUCUGCUUGGGUGUGCGUCAGACGCAGGCUUAUCCUGAAACUGAAGCAGCUUUUAAUUCAUAAGGUAUUUUCAUACCAUGCCUUGGUAUGCAUAUUGCAUAUUCAGUGUUCUGUAAAGGUGUAAUUGGUUGCAAAAUGAAACAUUUCCGAAACCGUAUUUUCAUUUCAUCUUAUGCAACUGAAGAACCACGACAGCCAAUAAAAGGCUCUUUUUUUUUUUCUAACCGACAUACUUAGUGUGAUCUCUGAAGUCAUUUUUUUCCUGAGAAAUCACUGUGCUAGAUUUGCCUUUAAAAUUGCAGUUUACAAAAACGUGCAAUAUCCAGCUAAGUGCCUUUAGAAAAACUUUGGACUUGAAAAACUAAUGUAGUAUUUCCAGUAUUACUAUAUCCUUUUGUUUAGUGUUUUUUCUUAGCAUAUUUGUUAUUUGUAUUAAUGCUGCUAUGUUUAGUCCCUACUCACACAAUAUUGGUUACUGUUGUUUCACGGGAAUUUCAGUGAUGUAUUUAAAUAUAGGAAGUUUUCAUAGUUUUUAAAUACAGUACUGUUGCUUUUUCACUACAUGUUUCUGGAAGAUGUGUAUGUGAGUUAAGACUUCUUUCUCCUGCAGUACUCAGAACUGAGUCAUUUUUUUAUAUAUAAAUUAAAUUUUAUUAAAAAUUAA